AUGCAGGGUCUUGAGGCAUCGGGCCCCGGUGCGCUCGCAGACCUGCCCUCCACACUGAGAACGGUGAUAGGCAACCCGACGACGUCACCGCUCGGCCUCGUCUCCCAGACCGUCCAAACCGCUCUACAAACCCCAGUAUCCUUGUCUCAACAGCAGAUCCAGGAAAACCUCCAGCAUGUUAUCUCAACUCUGUCCUCCGACUUCGAUGCUGGCCGCGUGGUUACUACGAGUGGCGAAUCUUCCGGCUCGACCGGCAAAGGCAUCCUGAUUGGAAUCUUGUCCGCCUUUGGCUCGGCGGCUAUCGCAUUUGUCGUGCUAGCGAUCUUCUUCUUUUUUAAGUAUACUCGCCGCGGGCGGAUUAUGCUGGAUCGUAUUGGUCGUCCAGGUGAAUAUGACGACGAACAAGCAUUUGCGCGGGAGGAGGAAGCGGCCCUGGAGUCCAUGGACGAUUUGUCGCGGUCGGAGUACCUAAGAGCGAAAGCCUGGGUUCAGUCAAAUCCACCCGAGUCCAUGUCAACCGAUAUCUCGCUGUCGCAGUUCCUCGCCAUCCAAGAAAAAGGUGUCUCUGCCUGGGAAUUCCAGCCCGAGCUGGAGAUCGCAAACUGUUUUGUGGAAGGUCGUACCGAAAUUGAGUUCUUCGAUUCUGAGUGUAGCGUUCAAACGAACCUGCCCAUUCCUAAGCAGAACGAAGUCUACUACUGGGAAGCCAAGAUAUAUGAUAAGCCCGAUUCAACAAUGAUUGGAGUUGGCCUGUCCACGAAACCAUACCCUCUUUUCCGCAUGCCUGGCUUCCACAAAACGUCUGUUGCCUACGAGUCGACCGGCCACCGCAGACACAACCAACCCUUCAUCCCGACCCCGUACGGCCCACCCCUGCUCCAAGGCGAUGUCAUCGGUGUUGGCUACCGGCCUCGAUCAGGCGCCAUUUUCUUUACUCGCAACGGCAAGAAGCUCGAGGAUGUCGUCCACAACUAUCGCUCACAAAAUCUAUUUCCCACCAUCGGCGCCAAUGGCCCCUGCAGUAUCCAUGUCAACUUUGGCCAAAUGGGCUUCGUGUUCAUUGAGGCUAAUGUCAAGAAAUGGGGGUUGGCCCCAAUGACAGGUAGCCUUGCUCCGCCCCCGCCCUACGGAAGCGAACAAGGCAGCAUUUUGCUUGAAUCGGGCCGAGAGAGCGCCGCCCAGAUUUCCCAACGCGUUUACCAGACUCACACUGCGAGAAGCUCCAGUAUUGGACUUCCUCAGGCGGUCAGCCCCGGGCCAAUUCGGUCUCCGACCGAAAUCUCCCUUGCCCAGCUAGCCCACAUCCCUUCUAAUGAGGAUGCGGGCGAGGGUUCUAGCCGUAUUGGCACUGAUGGAGAAGUCGACGGCCCUGCUGUGGCAGUUGGAGCUUCUGAUGACGAUGUUCUGCCUCCGGAGUAUGAGAGCCCAGGAAGCAGUCGCCGAGGCAGUGAUGCGUCCACAUCUCUGAUGUUCCCUGCAAGGACACGCCAAGAUAACAGACAACGCCCGGAUAGUCCCGACCCAGAUGCUCGGGGCCUGCCGAGUUACCAAGCUGUGGUUGACCGGGAGUUCAGAGAUCAUGAGUGA